AUGAUCAGUUCAGAGGAAGAGUCUCACAUUUUCCUGAACAGAUGAGGUUUGGUAACGCCUCCAUCAUGAUUAUUAACACAACGACCAUAGACACUGGAGACUACACCUGUUACUUUCCAGAACUUAAUGGAGGACUCACAUUCAACAUUACACUUGUUGUUGGUUCAGUUCCCAAACCCAUCGUCACGAUGUCUAAGGUGACAGAUUCUGGGGUCCAGCUGAAGUGUGAGGUUCAAGGAGCUUUUCCAAAGCCAGAGCUACGGUGGCAGAACUGUGAUGGAAACAUCUUUGAUGCUGAGGAGGCUGAGAUCUCAGAGAGAGACGGUCGCUACCACAUCACCCUCCAAACUACUGUGACCUCCACCACAACCACCUGCUUCCAGUGUGUGGUCCAACAGAAGGACCUGAACCAUGAGACUGGUUCUACCAUCACUGUGCCGGAGAAACCGUUUGUGGACCCGUGUGGGAAAGUGACCAUUGAAGGGUUGAUGACUGGAAUAGUGGUGGGAGCUGGACUUCUGGUUCUGGUUCUGGUUCUGCUUGUGUUCUUUAAGUUCAUCACAGUACGUCGUGUUAGAGCAGGAACUCAGAAGACAGACGGUGACAAUGAGACCAAUGAGCCCCUCAAGUCUGAACAUAUCACAGUAUGAUUCACUACAACAUCAUGUUUUCUCUGAUCUUCAGCUUCACUACGAUCAUGUGAAUGUGUUUUUGUUUUCACAUUUCAUCAUAUUUCACCUUUGUUGAACAUGUUGCUAAUAUUCCAACACAAUAGCAAUAUGUUUUCAUCGUUCAAAGGUCAUUACAGAGCUGAUCAGUGUGUGACUGAGCUGAAGCU